AAGAGGAAGGUGACGUAUUUCCACGAUGCCGACACGAUGGGCUCCUACUACUACGGCCCGGGCCAUCCGAUGAAGCCGCACCGGCUGGCGAUGACGCAUAACCUCAUCCUCUCGUACCACCUCUACCGGAAGAUGGAGGUGUGCCGGCCGCACCUCGCCACCGACGAGGAGAUGCUCCAGUUCCACGCCGCGGAGUACGUCGACUUUCUGCGGCGAGUGACGCCGGACAACCAGCCCGACUUCUCGAAGCAGCUGCAGCGCUUCACCGUCGGCGACGACUGCCCCGUCUUUGACGGCCUGUACGACUACUGCCGCCUGUACACGGGAGGCUCGAUCGACGGCGCGAUGCGCCUCAACGCUGGCACUGCCGACGUCGCGAUCAACUGGGCGGGCGGGCUGCACCACGCGAAGCGAUCCGAGGCGUCCGGCUUCUGCUACGUCAACGACAUCGUGCUCGCGAUCCUGCAGCUGCUCAAGGUGCACGCUCGCGUGCUCUACCUGGACAUCGACAUCCACCACGGCGACGGCGUCGAGGAGGCCUUCUUCACGACGGACCGCGUGAUGACCGUCUCCUUUCACAAGUACGGCGACUUCUUCUUCCCCGGCACCGGCGACGUCAAGGACGUCGGCAUCAGGGCGGGCAAGUACUACUCGGUCAACGUGCCGCUGCGCGACGGGGUGAACGACGACGCGUACCAGCGGCUGUUCAAGCCGGUGAUGGAGGAGGUGAUGAACCUCUACCGCCCCAGCGCGCUCGUGCUGCAGUGCGGCGCCGACUCGCUCGCGGGCGACCGGCUCGGCUGGCUCCACCUGCCCUGGACCUGCGACCGGCUCGGCUGCUUCAACCUGUCCCACCGCGGCCACGCCGAGUGCUUGCGGCACAUGCUGUCGUACAACCUGCCGUCGCUUGUGCUGGGGGGGGGCGGGUACACGGUGCGCAACGUCGCUCGCUGCUGGGCGUACGAGACGGCGGUGGUGCUGGGAGAGGAGCUCGCCGAGGACCUGCCGUGGAACGACUACUACGAGCACUUCGCCCCCGACUUUUCGCUGCAGGUGACGCCAUCGGCAACCAUGGAGAACGCAAACACGCGGCAGUACCUCGACACCGUGCGGCAGCAGGUCUUCGAAAACCUGCGGAUGCUGCAGGGCGCGCCGGGUGUGCAGAUGGAGGCGGUGCCCCACGACCCCGAGGCCGCCGCGGCAGAGGCAGACCCCGAUGUUCGGCCCGUAAGCGGGGCGGCGGAGCACCCAGGCGAGCACUUUUGACACCGAAGAAACACACAUUGGUGAGACCGGGGGGAAAUCGCUGAGCACGUUUAUGGCCCGGUCUCCGCGUCUUGGACUAACAUAUAAAUAAAUAAAU